AUGUCAUUUAAGAACGCAUACGACCGUAAACCAAGCAGAUAUCUCAUAAAAGAAGUCCGAGGGAUCAACUGUUCCUUUUGCGACAAGGCUCUAACAACAACAAACAAAUUCAUAGCCAUGCCGUAUCAGAAGUGGCACUUUUACGACGACUUUGCUUCUGAAGGGUCUUCGGCGCUCCCCUUGACGCUGGACUUGGCGAUCACUCAUUCCAUUUGCAACAAUUCCGUCGCAAAAGUAAAGCAACUUCUCGCUGACGGGAUUCUCGCCAAAACCCGUCACGGAAGUCAGGCCCUGCGUUUAGCCGCUCAGCAUGGGAAUGAAGUAAUUGUAUGGCUCCUAAUACAUCACAAGUUUGACUUGAACGAAAAGGAUGCUGUCGACAACGGAAAGACUGCACUUCAUUAUGCUGCUGAAGCCGGCCACACGCCAGUUGUUGAGAUGCUUUUAAAGGCCGGAUCGGACCCAUUUGUGGAACGUACGGAUUCAAGGUCGUCGAUCUCCCUAGCAGCUGAGCAUGGUCACUCUUCAACUGUCCGAACUCUGUGCGAAGCAUAUCGGGAACGGGGACGUUAUCAUAUGGAACACCUACAUCGUUCCUGGAUCACUGCAGCCGAGCAUGGCCACUCUGAGUGCCUGAGGGCAUUGACUUCUAGUUUUGAAGAGGCUCACGCUGAAGACUGCAUUCUCUCUUCGGAAACACUAGCUGGAUGGAUUUUUGAAGGAAUCGAGACUGCCAUUGAGAAAAACACGCAGGAGUCUAUUCAAGAGAUCACGAGUCACGCUUGGAGACCUUCAUCCUUACCAAACCAGCUACGAUCUGACGCAGCAAUAAGAAUUAUUCAGUGGGUUUGGUGGUCGGUCAAGAACAGCUCUCUAAGCCACCUCACUUUGUCGAUCCCUUGGCUUGAGCACGAGUCGCUUUCUACACACCUGUCACCUCAUGGAGGACUCUCUGAUGGAGUCAUCAGUGACCUGAGCAGCACCCUUCUCGAGGAAUGGCAUGAGAAAAAUCGCUACUACCGCCUUGGACUUGGUGAAAUUUUGGAGACAAUUGAACCUGGUCAUCUCCAAAGACUUCUGAAGCAACACCCGGAAUUCAUACAACAUCAGUACCUGGACCUUGCUAGGCGUAGACGUCAAGGUUGCUUGAUGUACUUCCUACAGAAGGGGUUAAACCCCCAUCCGAACACUCUCCAGGUCCUGGCCAGAUUUAGUCACCACGAUGGACUGGGCAGCCUUGUCGAGCAGUUCUCGUCUCAUUUCCCGGAGAAUGACAAGACUAAUGCGCUCAUUUGCGCUGUCAAGGCGCGCAACGAAGACUGUAUCAAUGCAUUCAUCAAAGUUCGGGCUCUUCCGGCCUCCACCUCUGUCGCAGCUGACAAACUGUUAUUGGCAUGUGUCGAAAAAGAGAACUGGGCUCUCAUUGAAGAAUUACGCAAUGGGCCAGCGACAUUGUUUUCUGCUGCUGGUAUAGCCGAUGCAGGGUCUGUGGCAGACGGACUGUUAUUGAAAUAUGUGAAAGGAACGAAAUUAGGAAGGGAUUAUUAUGAUUACACCCCUGCAUUACGAAGGCGGCAUCAUGAGAAUCAUACUCCUGAAUUGAUCAGUAGGGGAGCGGCAUGGUUUUCUGCCUAUGGUAUAGCCGCCGCGAAGGCUGCUGCGACGGACCGCAAAGAAGCGUUAGAGCUUCUCGAAGCUCAUUUUCCUUCAACAAACGCGGUGGAGACAUCACCUAGUUUGACGGUUUCGGUCCAAGCCACAGCGUACGGAGUCGGGAUAAGCCAUCAGCACAAGGCCUCAUUUGUCAAUGGAAUAAGUGAAAAAGAUAGGGAGUACAAAUUCGGGGCCAGUCUAUGA